AUGCCGCGAGAUUUUCAAUUUGUCACCGUCUCUAACCCAGCUGAGCCUGUUCCCCAGCAUGUUCGGAGCUUAACUCACUCCCAUGCGGUUCGGCAAAGACAUGCCAAGGAGAGAAGACUACGAAUGCAGAAACACCAGGAGGAUAUGGCUAGAAAUGCGGAGAGUACUUCGCUGAACAGGGCUCUUGGGUAUAGCCGUGAUCCAUUUGCCGCGCUUCCGAAACAACUCUUGUCCCACGAGACCUUUCUUCUCGACCAUUAUGUCCGCGUCGUCGUUCCGUAUAACGUCAGGACAUGUCGUCUCUUCAACCAAAUGAACGACCAUGAAGGACAUGUAAUGCGCGAUUGGGUUGGUCUCGCCAUUACAGACAGUGAUCUUCUCAGCUCCAUCAUCCUCCUCGGCGCGUGCCGCCACAUUCUUACCAGCAACCCCAACUCGUAUUUAAUGCAGGCCGCAUUACAGUACAAGUAUAACGGCCUCAAAGCACUGCGCCAUGCCGUUAGUGGCGCUUCACCGACUCUUAGCCCGGUGACUAUUGCGAAAGCUUGUGCUAUGGCUUUAGAUGAGGUUAGCUUUGGUGAGGCUGCUGUUGCGAGACAGCAUAUUCAGGGUGUGUUUGCGAUGAUAGAAGCUGCGGGGGGUUCGCAGUGUCUCGAUGGAACGGGGCUGUUGAAGCGCAUGUAUCUUAGAUUCCUUGAGAUGCGGGAGAGUCCGGGGCUACAGCUACCAAAGGGUAUUGCUUACUCUAGUCACUGCUGGUAA